AUGAAGAAAGUCCCAAAGGAAAGCGUUCCUUCUCAUGUUCGGUGUGUGGGAAAUUUUUCACUAAAAGCUUUAGGCUUCCUACACACCAGAAAAUUCACACAGGCGAGCGUCCCUAUUCAUGUUCGGAGUGUGGAAAUUGUUUCAUCGACAAAUAUAAACUUCUUAGACACCAAAGAAGUCACACUGGUGAGCAUCCCUAUUCAUGUUUGGAGUGUGGAAAUUGUUUUGUCGACAAAUAUAAACUUCUUAGACACCAGAGAAUUCACACAGGUGAGCAUCCUUAUUCAAGCCCAGAGUGUGGGAAAUGUUUCAGUCAGAGAGGAAACCUUCUGA